CAUCAACGCUCACGGGAACUACUGCUGUACAUGGCCGGCCCAAAACUGUCAACACUCACGACUGUACUAGCUUCAUUUAGGCCGGAUUUAAAACCCACACAGGGUUUCAGCUGCUGGCACUUCGGAUGUCCAAGUACAAACUGUUUCUGCUGAGGCAUGGGGAGGGGGCCUGGAACAAAGAGAACCGUUUCUGCAGCUGGGUCGACCAGAAGCUGAGUGAGGAUGGGGUGAAGGAGGCCCAGGACUGUGGUAGGCUCCUGAAGGAGCAGGGCUUCAAGUUCGACUUAGUAUUCACCUCCAUACUCAGCCGCUCCAUCCAGACAGCAUGGCUGGUGCUGGAAGCUAUGGGCCAGGAGUGGGUCCCCGUGGUCAAAUCCUGGAGACUGAAUGAGCGCCACUAUGGUUCCCUGAUUGGCCUGAACCGGGCGGAAAUGGCUCUAGAACAUGGAGAGGAAAAGGUGAAGUUGUGGAGAAGGAGUUAUGACGUCACUCCACCUCUGAUUGAUGAAUCCCAUCCUUACUUCCUGGAAAUCUACAAUGACCGCAGAUACACCACUUGUGACGUGCCAAAGGAGAACCUUCCCCGUGCAGAGAGCCUGAAGGAGGUGUUGGACAGGCUGCUGCCAUACUGGGACAGCACUGUGGUGCCAGAGAUAAGGAAAGGCAGGACUGUGCUCAUUUCUGCCCACGGAAACAGCUGCAGGGCUCUGCUGAAAUACCUGGAAGGUAUAUCAGAUGCGGACAUUGCCAGCGUAACUUUACCAACAGGAAUACCUGUGCUGCUUGAGCUGGAUGACAACCUCAAGCCUGUGAAACCUCGACAGCUUCUGGGAGACCAGGCGAAAAUUCAGGCAGCAAUUAAAAAGGUUGAGGACCAGGGAAAAGCCAAACCGUCCACUUGAAUGCACUUAACUGGCUGUAAGACUUAUCAUAGCUCUGUACUGGUUGCCUGUGAGCAGUUUUAUUAGGUACAGUGAAAACUCUUGAAAAGACUCAAAUAAUAAUAAUAAUAAUUAUAAUAUAUAAUAUCAGAUGAUAACAACAAAUUGUUAAUACAUUUUUCAAGAAGAGGUGUGAAGUUGCUGUCUGUGUAAUAGUGGCCUGACCUGGAUACAGAAAGUGUGCGUCACAGGUCAGACUGGCCCGUCAGGAGCAGGAGGAAGUGCUGUACUGUACUGUAAAUGUUUUGGGCUGUGUUGAGUUGUAUUAUGUGUAAGCACUGACUUUUAAGCUAACUGUUGCUACUUAUGCCUUUAUGGUAAACCCUGGAGUGGCUGUUUAUUCAUUUACUCAUUGAUUCUACCUUGCAGAUUAAUCUUGAAUUGCGUUUUAUCCAGAAAGAAAAGAGUUACUUCUUUCUAAAGGAUGAAUUUCUGUUACAUUGAUAAGCUUUAGGAAUAUUCUCUUGCAUUUAAAUAUGUGCCUUCAGUAUUUUAGAUACUUUCUAAAAAGUGUCUUUUAAGUUGAGCUCGACAGAUCUUGUGGUGAAUUUAUUUAAUAAUAAAAGCACUCCGUUAACAAAUCUUACCUCACAGAAAUUGAUAGCCUGGCUGUUCAUUCCAAGAAUGGGGUAAUUGUGAGCCACAGAAAUGCUGUCAAUAUGCAAAACCACUGAAACCCUCUACUGUGUCCCACACAUAUGACUUACUCAUAUUUUUAAAAUGCCUACUCAGUGAGAGUAAGUCAGAAAGCUGAAGUUGUUUUUCUAUGAGGUUUACACAGUCCAUAACUCUGACACAAAAUAGGGUGAGGUUGAAACUGUGGCUAACAACCAUGGCUAUUUGGUAUGAUAACUGGUUUAUGCAUUGCACUUUUUGGGGCUAUUUUAUGAGGAUUCUUUUUUUUUUUCUUUUUAAAUUAAGCCCCUUUCUAAUGAAAUAACACAUGUGAUUGGAAAUAUUAUUAUUUUGGAUUAAAAAAAACAAAUGUUUAAUUGUUAAACACAAGCACUGUUGGUAUCCAUUUUAAAUUAUAAAUUAUUAUCAUACAGGUGCAAUUUGAUGUGUGAAAACAUUACAAACCACUUGAGACUGCACAUUAUGUCUUUUACCAGCACUAUCUGACUUGUCAUCUUAUGUUACUACUGUGUGGCACAGGCUACUUCAUUGUACUGUAUGUUGUUCUGUCCCAUGUUUGUUUGUUGUCUGACUCUGCUGUUGUUAUUUUGUACACUAGUCUUUUAGGUCAACAGGUGAAAAGAGAGACUGUAACUUGAGAAUAUACAUUUGUAGAUACUAAAGAGUAGAAAACACUGCUAUAUUUGUAAUUUCAUGUAAGAUUAUUUAAUGUCUUCCCUGCUGUUCACACCUUACCACAUGAGCAUCGGCAUGAUAAAAUAAAAGGGAAUAAAACUUUUCCUAAAAGAUUA